UUCCCAUAAUGCAACAGUCAACAAAGGAAGAGGGAGAGGAACGGGCUGUAGCCAAAGUUGCUAGCUAGCACAAAAAAAGAGGAAGAGAGAAAUGGAGCUGUCAUAAAAUUUUAAGGCAUGUAUCUCUCAUCAAACGGGCAAAUACAGCUGAGGAGAAAACAGCCUCGGCUCUUCACGUGCAUGAGAUGAUGACAGACCAUCAGCAGUGGGUGUUUAUGAAGUGAAGCAGCUCUUGGUCGUGCGAGGGAGCUGACUGUUAGAUUAGAUUAGCAGCUAGCAGUCUUUUAUUAGCACGCUAAUGCUAAAUGCGUUGCUCUUCGUCAAGAUUUACACACACAUUCGACCCUGAUCCAUCUUUAUGAAGAAAGAGAGGGGAAUUAAACUAUUUAAAGUGAUGACGAAGGCUUUGGCGUUCACAUGAUUGACAUUUCCCAGUCACAUGGCCAGACUCUGCGGUUAGCAUCUUUCGGUCAGCAGAUUGGACCGUCCCAUGCCCUCACCUGACUGGGUGUACAAGGAUGAAGAAGAUCAGUCUGAAGACGAUCAGAAAGUCACUUAACAUAAAGGGCAAAGAAGAUGGGGAUUUCGUCAUGCUCCAGCAGCCAUCAUUAGCAGCUGAAUUCACCAAGGAUGACUCUCUCUUCGAAGGCUGUUACACCAAAGGGCUGGUAGGUUGUGAUCUUAAUGGGGAGGAUGAGAAGGGUCAUAAGAACCGAUCGAAAAGCGAGAGUCUUAUGGGCACUCUAAAGAGGAGACUGUCUACCAAACAGAAAGCGAAAGUCAAAGGAGGCUCCACAGCAGUGGGCUCUGGAGAUGAUGAUGACACCUUCUCUUCCUCAUCAGUCCCAAUAUGCUUUAAUGAAGUCAAAGCCCAGCGGCCCUUAAGGUCCUCGUCCCUCCGAAGCCAUCAUUACAGUCCUUCUCCGUGGCCUUUCCGGCCAGCCGGCUCUGAAGAGGCUUGCAUCAAGAUGGAGGUGAAGGUCAAAGCUAUGGUCCACUCCCCCAGUCCCAGUCCCUCCCUCAAUGGCAUCAGAAAGGAGUUCCAUGACAUUCAAUUAGAAGGUCUGUUCCAGGAUCAGAGCGAAUCUUUGAAGGACAUGGAGACUCAGAGUGGCAACUUGCAUUUGAACAUUGAGGAUCACGUGCCUAUUGGACUCACACCUCAGGACUAUAUCCAGUACACAAUGCCUUUAGAUGAGGGAAUGUACACUGAUUCAUCCAAGUCCUUCUGCUUGGAUGGUCCCUCGCCAAUGGAAGUGGUUGAUCAGGUCGAAUCUAACUCGUUGCAUGUGGAUCAGGGCCCGGAUGACCAUGAUCUCAUGCCAUCGGACAUUCUCAUGGAGCAGGCGGUGAACGGACAUCUUCCUGGUACUCCGGCGAUGGUCCUUUCCAACUCCAGAGCCGACACACCUUUAUUUUCUCCCUCCCUGUCACCUCUUUCCAGCAACGAUAUUUCAAGGACCCUCUCCGGGUUCAGUGGUGCAGACUCUCAUGUUGUCGAGAGAGUGAGGCACCACCUGAACUUUGACCCUAAUUCCGCUCCCGGUGUUAGCAGAGUGUACGAUUCUUUCCAAAGCAGUGGACCCAUGGUUGUAACAAGCCUUACAGAGGAACUUAAAAAACUGGCCAAGCAGGGUUGGUAUUGGGGACCUAUAACUCGAUGGGAGGCCGAGGAGAAGCUCAUCAACCUUCCAGAUGGCUCUUUUUUGGUGAGAGACAGUUCAGACGAUCGCUAUCUCCUCAGCCUGAGCUUUCGGUCACAGGGAAAGACGCUUCACACCAGGAUUGAACACUCGAAUGGCAGAUUCAGCUUUUACGAGCAGCCCGACGUAGAAGGUCACACUUCCAUCGUAGAUCUCAUAGAGCACUCUAUAAAAGACUCUGAAAAUGGCGCGUUCUGUUACUCCAGAUCCCGUCUGCCAGGGUCUGCCAUGUACCCCGUUCGGCUGACCAAUCCCGUGUCACGGUUCAUGCAAGUGCGUUCGCUGCAAUAUCUUUGCCGCUUUGUCAUCAGACAGUAUACGCGGAUAGAUUUGAUUCAGAAACUGCCUUUACCAAACAAAAUGAAAGAUUAUUUGCAGGAGAAGCACUACUGAACAGACUGUAAUGGGAUAUAGUAGUAAAAUGCACUUUUUGUUGAGUGGCGCGUUCUUAAAUCAGUUUACAUAUAUGGAGGUCAGGUGAUCAGUUGCGCAGGUUGACUAUCCGAUCUUCCCACAGAAAUAUGCGGUAAAUUUGUUGUUGCUCAGAUUCAGUGUUUUACAUUUUGCAGUUCUUUUCAGAGCAAUGUGGUAAGUCCAGAAACCAUUUAGGAUUGG